GGGGCGUUAUGUAAAAGCAGGCCCCCAACCGACAGAUCUUCCUGGGUCCUCGCGCUACCUGGGCACGCGGCCCUUUGCACAUCGACUACUGGAAAGAUUCCAGGGUGGGAAACUGAACCGGGCGAUUUGCGCACGCCUGCGCUCUGAAGUAAUGAUGGCUUUGGGUUUUUUUUUCUGCGACGCAUGCGUAUUCGUAUGGUGUGGCUAUUUGAUUGUAUCAUCUCUUUUGAUUAGAGUAGCGCCAUUUUGCCGUACGGAAGCUACGAAGCAAUGCAGGCGGAGCCUCUUGCCGAAAUCUUCUUCCGGAGAAGUGUCACGACUGUUCAUCGUUUGAGAGACGGAACGUCGAAAUAGGAGCAAUGAAGAUUUAAAGAACCAGGCUGAAUUUUUAUCUUAAAGCAGCUUCCUGGUGGUGGAUCUGGUCACUGCAGGGGCCUUGGGGCAGUUGGCUUGCUUGUCACAGCCUUCCCUUGCCCAGUCUCAUUUUCUCAGCUCUCGCAAAAGCCAUGUCUAGGCCUUCCCUCAUCACCUUCACCCCAGCCAGCGAUUCUAGUGAUCUCUGGAAAGAUGGGCAGCAGCAGCAGCAGCAGCCACAGCCUAAGGAGCCGGAGCCCGCCUUGGAUGGGUCUGCAGUCCGUGCUUUCUACGAGUCCCUGAUUGGGAGUGAGAGCAGCCCUCCUGAACCCCAGAGAUCACAGUCUGAGCCUGCAAGGGAGAGAAAUAGGAAGAAAAGAAGACUGAUGAGGGAGGCUGUGGCAGCAGUGGCAGCGGCAGCAUCAGGGGGACGUGGACAAGAGGGAUCCCUUGAGGCAGAGGACAAGAUGACCCAGUGGAUACUGAGGGCAGCUCAGGAGGGGGACCUAGCAGAACUCCGAAGGCUGCUGGAACCCCGUGAGGCAGGAGGAGCUGGGGGGAAUAUCAACACCCAUGAUGCCUUCUGGUGGACUCCGCUGAUGUGUGCUGCCCGAGCGGGCCAGGGGGCAGCUGUGCGCUAUCUCCUGGGCCGAGGGGCUUCCUGGGUGGGAGUCUGUGAGCUGGGUGGCCGGGAUGCUGCCCAGCUGGCUGAAGAUGCUGGCUUCCCUGAGGUGGCCCGCAUGGUCAGGGAGAGCCAUGGAGAGACGAGGAGCCCCGAGAACCGGUCCCACUCUCACUCCUCCCAGUAUUGCGAGACCUGUGAUGCCCAUUUCCAAGAUGCCAACCACCGCACAUCCACCGCUCACCUGCUGUCACUGUCCCAGGGUCCCUGGCCCCCUAACCUGCCCUCUGGGGUGCCUGCCUCCAGCCCAGGCUUCAAGUUGCUUCUGAGGGGGGGCUGGGAGCCAGGGAUGGGGCUGGGACCCCGAGGCGAGGGUCGUGCCAACCCUAUCCCUACUGUCCUCAAGAGGGACCAGGAGGGUCUUGGCUACAGAUCAGCACCCCAGCCCCGGGUCACACACUUCCAGGCUUUGGAUACUCGGGCUGUGGCUGGGAGGGAGCGAGCACCUCGGGUGACCAUGCUGAGCCAGAAAGAGGAGAGAAGGCGAGAGGAGAAGAGCAGGGCCUGGGAGCGAGAUCUCAGGACAUACAUGAACCUUGAAUUCUGAGCUUGGUGAGGUCUGACCCUGGUCUGCUGCUAGAGUCUGAACUUUGGCCCAUGACUUGGGCACUUUGGCAUCUACUUCCUGAGGUCAGCCCAAGUCUCAGACCCUCAGUUUUUGGUCAGUGGGCCCUGCCUUUUGGGAGGGAGUGGCUGAGAGUUGAGAAAUAAAUCAGUCUUUACCCUCUUUUGUGAUCUAUUCAUUUUUGUGGAUACUGUUUUGGGGAAGCCAUGCUUAAGUCUGGGGGCCACAUUAGCAAGGCCCAUUGGAGCCAGAGGAGCAGCCACCUCCAGAUGGCAUGAUAGGGUCAUCUCCCUGCCAGUGUGAUUCACUUCGAGGCCUAGCCCCUGCCAAGAGUACCAUACCUAUUCUUCCAAACCCCCUGAACCAGUGUCUUAGUCAUCUAGUGCUAUUCUAACAGA